AUGCAGACUGAGCUGCUUAUAACCGGGGUCUUCAACCCUCUUCCUCCCAAGCCAGGCGUCGUCGGGAUCGACUUAGGCACUACCUACUCUGUGAUCGCUCUCUUCCAUAAUGGGUCUGUCGAGGUCGUGCCAGACAAGCAGGGCAGGAACUUGACCCCGAGCGUCGUCGCCUUCCGCAACCAGGAGGUGCUAGUGGGGUACGAGGCACGCGAGUACGGCAAGCUGCAUCCUCGCUCUGUCAUCUUUGACGCCAAGCGCUACAUCGGGCAUCGGUUCAACGAGGAGACGGUACAGCAUGACCGCAAGCUCGUGCCCUUCGACGUGGUGGACGUGAACGGCAGCGCGUUCAUCCAAGUGGAGGUCGGCAAGGAGAAGCGCGUGAUGUCGCCGGAAGCCGUCGGAGCUCAUGUCUUGCGCAAGAUGAAGAAGCAGGUGGAGAACUACAUCGGUCGCCCCGUGCUCAAGGCCGUGCUGGCCGUCCCAGCUGACUUCACGGAGGAGCAGAGAAACGCGACUAUCGAAGCUGGACGGCAGGCGGGGCUGGACGUGCUCAGGAUCAUCAGCGAGCCCACGGCCGCGGCGCUCGCCUACGGGCUUCAACAGAUGCCCGCAGCCAACAUCCUGGUGUACGACUUCGGAGGAGGGACUCUAGACGUCAGCCUUCUGCGUUUGGAAGGAGGAGUGUUCGAGGUGGUCGCAGCCUGCGGGGACGAGCAUCUUGGGGGCGAGGACUUCAACGGGGAGUUGCUGGAGUACCUGCUCGCUGAGUUCAAGGAGCAGUCCGGACUGUCGGCUAUCGAGAACUCCGCGGCUGUGGACAUGCUUCGGCACGAGGUGGAGCAGGCGAAGAUCUCGCUCUCCUCUUCCUCCGAGGCCACAAUUGCGAUCCACAACUUCUUCCAAGGGCGCGAGUACAGGAGGACGCUGAGCCGGGUGGAGGCAGAGAAGAUCUGGGGAACCUUGUUCCACAGAGCCAUCUGGCCGGUCGAGCAGGUGCUGCAGCUGAGCGGGUACGAGAGGCAUGAGGUCGACCAGAUUGUGCUGGUCGGGGGGACGACGAGGGUCCCGCACAUCCGGCAGAUGAUGAGAGACUUCUUCAGCAAGGAGCCCAACUGGGAGGUAGACCCCGACCAGGCGGUGGCGUGGGGGACGGCAGUGCAGGCUGGUAUCCUAACGGAUGCCAAGGGGAUCAAGGUCCACAACGAGGGCAUGGGUGAAGCCCUGCGCGCGGUCGGUGGUGAAGGUGGGCCCGAAGGAGAUGGCGAUGAUUCCCGGGACCUUGCCUUACUCGCGCAUUAG